AAAUUAAUUACAUUUUUUAUUUGUGUAAAAUAUUUUAGUUCCUUCCAUAGCUCUUGUUUCAUCAAUCUCGAUCUCACCUCUUUCGUCUUCAAUCUCGAUCUCAGAAAUCGAUGGCACAAGAUUCAUCAUCACCAACAUCUCAGUCAUUCUGGGAAGGUUACAAAGAGUUUUGGUGUGAUAGAUUUUCCUUUAUGUCCAAUUAUUCCACUUUCAUCAAGCGUGAUAAACCCUUAACUUCAUGGUCUAACUCUGAUGUUGAAGAAUUCAUCGCUUCUGAUCCUCUUCAUGGACCUGUGCUGAGAACUGCUAGAGAAGCAGUGCAAUAUGGCCUCACAGGAAGUGCUUUGGGAGCGUUAUUCACUGCAGGUUAUGCCUGGAAAUAUUCAAGGAGUCUACAUGGUGCGGGACUGUCUUUUUUAGCUGGAGGUGUAUUUGGGUGGACAUUUGGGCAUGAAAUUGCAAAUCAUACACUUCAACUUUACAGGGUAGACACAUUGGCUUCUGAGGCUAAGUUUCUGGAGUGGUGGAAAAGGAAGACUGAAGGAGGGCAUUGAAGUGUUAGCUUCUUCUGGAAGUUAUUGCUACAUUUGAUAUCGUUUAUGAAAAAUUAACAAUAUUUUCUGCGUUGCUGGUGCGAUUUCUGUUCAGUGAAUAAAUAGUUUGUUGUGACACAGGUCAAUCUAUAGAACUAAUGCAUAAUUGCAAAUCAAACUGUGACUGCCAUUUUUCUCCCAGUGUUGUUAUUUAUGGACCUUGUGUUAUGACUUAUGAGGCACUUAGUUUGAGAAAAGUUUUUAA